GAAUCAAGCUACGGAAUCGAGCGAACUUGUAUUUAAAGCUUGCCGAAUAUUUCCGAUUUUUGCCGAAUGCCACGUUAGCAGCGGCGUGUUUCCAGUAUUCCACGGAUUGGAGAAGGGCGAACUAUGGAGUUUUAUUCGUAUCUCUUUGCAUUUCUGCUUAUGUUACUUGUUCCAGAUGUAUACAGCUUAAUGUUUCAUCUACCAGCAAACCAGAAAAAAUGUCUUCGAGAAGAAAUUCACAAGGAUUUAUUGGUAACUGGAGAAUAUGAGCUGUCAGAUGCACCCGGACAGAAAACAAAUUUGGCAGUUACAGAUUCAAAAGGACAUAUAUUAUAUUCUAAACAAGAUGCAAAAAAAGGAAAAUUUGCUUUCACAACAGAAGAAUAUGAUGUAUUUGAAAUUUGCUUUGAUAAUAAAAUGAUAGGAGGUGGUCAUGGUGCUGAUCGGGAAGUUUCUUUGAUAAUGAAGCAUGGCAUUGAAGCUAGAAGCUAUGAUGAGCUUGCAAAAGCUGAAAACUUAAAACCUCUGGAACUUGAACUACGGCGGCUGGAAGACUUGUCCAAAUCAAUUGUUGAUGAUUUUGCAUACAUGAGGAAUCGAGAAGAGGAGAUGAGAGAUACCAAUGAAUCAACCCAUUCUAGAGUAAUGUACUUCAGCAUUUUCUCUAUGUGUUGUUUGCUUGGCUUGGCCACAUGGCAAGUGCUAUAUCUUCGCAGAUACUUCAAGUCAAAGAAACUUAUUGAGUAAUAGUAAAACAUUUUCCUCCUCCUCCCUCUCUCUCUUUCUCUCUUUCUCUCUCUGCUAGAUCUGGAGGAAGGGUCAGUGGCCAUAACAUUUUCAGGCCCUUAUGUUCUCUUUCAUUACUUUCCUUCCAAUUAUAACCAUUUUAUUUUACUUUAUUUGCCCUCAUUCAAAAAACCCAUGAGAUGCUAAACUAAAUGUUAGAGGAUGUGAUAAUUUCAGUUAGUGAUUGGAACCAUUUUCCUUCACUUACAUCAUUAACAUCCAUGGGAAGAUAUGAACCUCAUUCAUAACUCAUGCAUCCUCUUGUAAGGGAAAAAAAACUCUGCCUUUAAAAAAUGCAGUUGAAGAAGGAAGACAAGAUAGAUUAUUUUAAAUAAAUUCUGCAGUGUGUGCCUGAACAUGUCAGAUGCUGUUGCUAAGCAUCCUGUUGCUCAGAUUCUAUACAAUGCCACUUAGUGGCAUUUUCAUGUUUUCACAUAAACUACUUCUAUAACAAAAUAGCUUAAAGUGAUAAAAACAUAUGCAUUCUAGUAUAUUAUAAAUCUUCUUUGUGUUGAAUAUAUAUAAUUUAACUAUUUUACAACUCUGGUUUCUAGAUACAUUUCUUCAUGAAGUAAUUUUCUAUUAAUCUAAAAUCAAUUGUUCUUCGUUGGUAUGAAUUUAAUGUUCAAAUUGUUUGAUUUCAUCCCCUUUUCUACUUUACCAUUUAACUACAUUAGAUAACAAGCCUCAAAAAUAUAUCCAAAGCUACAUUGGGAUCUAUAUUAUAUUUAUAGAUUAAAACUUGAGUGUGUACAUAUGUGAAAGGAAGAAUAAUAAUUAGCAUUUCUAAGAUAAUUUAAAUUGAAAACAUUGAUAUUUAUUCAGGCAUAGAAAUCUUAAAAUUGAAUUAUCAUAUAGGAAUUAUUUCAACUUAAUUUCAUUUCUAAAUGCAUUCUUAGCUUUGUGUCCAACUUCCUCCCAUCCACUCAUCUGCCUAAUUGCAUCUAAGUUACUGGCUCAGUGUCUGAUUGGAAUUCUAGAUAAAAAGGAAAAAAAAAACAUUAAAAAUUUUCAAGGAAAACUGGUGUGUAAAUACUUUCAUUGUCUGAUUAUAAUAAAAUAAAAAAAAGUAUUUUAAAAAAAAAUCUUUA